CGCGUCCUCACGAAAGAUUCUCCAUCCCACUCUGUUUCUUUGGCGGAGGACCAGGUUAUUGGAGCCACACCACGCUACCAUCUACAUCCGGUUAUUUACGAUUCUCAUCUUUGAAACUGCAAACUCUGGAUCUCACGAUCCUGACAAUCAGAUCAUUUUCCCAUUGACCGCCUUGCAGCCCCUGCAACAGCUCUCGCCAUGGACGGGGUGCAACUCCGUGAUGAGGCCGCUCAAGAUCGAGUGCGAGCUGCUGUUGAGUUCCUCGAUCCAAGCGAUGCACGAGCACGAAGUUACCGAGCAGAUAUCGUGUUGAUGCUGAAUAGAGGUCUACGACGCUUGAUAGUUAGCAUCGAUGAAAUCAGAGCACACAACCGCGAAAUCGCAGAUGGGCUUCUCACCUCCCCAUUCGAUUACUCGCAGGCCUUUGACAGAGCGUUGAAGGAGGUAAUCAAGACACUGCCGAACCGACCAUCGAAAGAAACUGGUGACGAAGUUAACUACUACUGUGCUUAUGUUGGAGCCUUUGGUGAAUUCGCUUGCAACCCCAGAACGCUCGGAUCCAAUCACCUGAACCGCAUGAUCUCGCUCGAGGGUAUCGUUACAAAAUGCUCUUUGGUCCGACCGAAGGUGCUCCAAAGUGUGCACUACAGCGAAAAGAAAGACAGAUUCCUUUCAAGAAAGUAUAGGGAUCAGACUAUGACUGCUAGUGGAGCAACAAGUUUGAACGUCUAUCCCCAAGAAGAUGAUGAAAAGAACCCGUUGAUUACUGAAUACGGAUAUUCCACAUACCUGGAUCACCAAUCCAUUUCCAUCCAAGAAAUGCCCGAAAGAGCCCCGGCAGGUCAACUGCCCAGGAGUGUUGAUGUGAUCCUGGAUGAUGACUUGGUGGACCGUGCCAAACCUGGAGACAGAAUCCAGUUGGUGGGUAUUUAUCGCUCUCUAGGAAACCGAAACGCUGGCUCUGGCUCCUCAACCUUCCGCACCAUUGUUAUGGCGAACAACAUUAUUCAGCUGUCUUCAAAGUCUGGUGGAGGGAUUGCCCAAGCCACCAUCACUGACACUGAUAUCCGAAACAUUAACAAGGUCUCAAAGAAGAAGAAUGUCUUCGAGUUGUUGUCCCAUUCUCUCGCACCUAGUAUCUACGGACACGACUAUGUCAAAAAGGCUAUCUUGCUCAUGCUUCUCGGUGGUAUGGAGAAAAAUCUUGACAAUGGUACUCACCUGCGUGGUGACAUCAACAUAUUGAUGGUCGGUGAUCCGUCGACUGCGAAAUCCCAACUUCUCCGUUUCGUUUUGAACACCUCUCCGCUUGCAAUUGCCACUACCGGUCGUGGUUCAUCUGGCGUUGGUUUGACUGCAGCAGUCACAUCUGACAAGGAAACUGGAGAGCGCAGGUUGGAGGCUGGUGCCAUGGUUCUUGGUGAUCGCGGAGUAGUCUGUAUCGAUGAGUUCGACAAGAUGAGUGAUGUUGACCGUGUGGCCAUUCACGAAGUAAUGGAGCAGCAAACAGUCACCAUUGCCAAAGCUGGUAUCCACACAAGUUUGAACGCCCGAUGCAGUGUCUUGGCCGCUGCUAAUCCAAUUUACGGACAAUAUGAUCCUCACAAAGACCCGCACAAGAACAUUGCUCUACCCGACUCCCUCUUGUCGCGUUUCGAUUUGCUCUUUGUUAUUACCGACGAUAUCGAUGACUCCCGGGAUAGAAUGGUCUCCGAGCACGUCUUGCGUAUGCACCGUUACCGCCAGCCUGGCACUGAGGAAGGAGCCCCUGUUCGAGAACAGCUUAAUCAGAGUCUUGGUGUUGGACUUGAAGAUAACCAAGACUCGAACCGGCCCACCGAUGUUUACGAGAAAUUUAAUGUCAUGCUUCACGCAGGUAUGGCCAACAUGGCCCGUAAGGGAAAGAACAUCGAGAUCCUCAGCAUUCCUUUCAUCAAGAAAUACAUCCAGUACGCCAAAUCGCGAGUCAAGCCUUUUUUGACCAAGGGCGCGGCCGACCACAUUGUUUCGACUUAUUCCGCUCUACGAAACGACGAACUGUCUGGCAGCCAGCGCAGGACAUCGCCCAUCACUGCCCGUACACUAGAAACCCUCAUUCGUUUGUCUACUGCCCAUGCAAAGUCACGUUUGUCCAGCAGAGUUGAGGAACGGGAUGCCAAGAUUGCCGAGUCGAUUCUGCGAUUUGCCAUGUUCAAGGAAGUUGUCGAAGAUGAGCGCCGCAAGAGAAGAAAGGUUACCACCUUCGAGUCGGACGAGUCGGACUCUAGCGAUUCGGACUCGGACGAUGACCAAACACCCGCGAACACGACGGCUACUCCUCGAUCCACACGGAGAGGCGGGACUUUGAGAUCGCGUACAACCGCAACGCAGUCCAGCACUAAUGAUGCCGGUGGCGAAGACGUAUCCGAGGAUGGCGAUGGCCUGUACGACGCCAGUCCCCGUGGCCAAAGGAUGCGGUCAAGCCAAAACACACGUACACAGACACAGAGCCAGUCUCAAAUGUCCGUGGCAUCUUCACAGCCUGCAUCGCAGCUUGUCCAGUCUCAGACAGACAACUCGCAGUCUCAGACUGCAUCCUCUGCCACCUCAUCUCAGCCUAUCCAGCCGGCACGUUUGGCAGUGUUCCGCCGGGCUUUGGGUCCUUUGAUGGGUACUCAAUUGUUUAGCGACGGCGAUACUGCUGAUGUUGAGCAGCUUAUUGGAGCCGUUAACACUGCAGUGCGCAGCUCGCCCACUCUUGGUGAAGGGCAAGUCUUCCAGCGAGCGGAAGCAGUCCAAGCCCUGAGGGAGAUGAACGAACGAAAUGAGUUGAUGUAUGUCGAAGAGGAUGAAACCGUUUACAGAAUUUAAUCAUAGACCUAUAUCUGCCUAUUAUGUUAUUGAGACUUGACUUGGAGGGAUCACAGCAGAAACGACCAUGCUGGAUGGUUUUUCUUUUUUUACUUGUUCAAGGGCAUAUUUACAAUAUUCAAGACGAUUUCACCCGGGUUGGUGUUUGGAGUUUUUGUAUUCAUCUAAUACAGCACUUGAUAUGAAGUGUAUGGUCCCUAGCGUUGAAUUAGCCAUGACAGAAUUGAGCUUGAAAAUACACAUGUUUAACUGUAGCAACC